ACUUUCAUACGGCGAAAGAAUUUCGGUCUGCAUCAAUUGAUUAGAUGUGUUGUGCUUCUCGACGCGCUCGAAAAAACGAUCCAAAUUAGUGCGGUUUCCAAACGAAUCUCUAGUAAAAUCAUAUUCCGAAAGAAAACUACAACUUCUCAGUAGUAUUUUAACAUAGUGGGCGUGUUGGUAGCUUGUUUAAAUCGAACCCAAAAUUUGUUAGUGGUGCUUAUUGUGAUAAGGCAGUCAAACAGCAGCGCAGGCAAUGGUUUGGGGGUUUGUUACUUGCGGCCCGAACGAGGCCUUGGUGGUAUCAGGAUGCUGCCACAUGAAGCCACUGUUGGUUCCCGGUGGACGGGCUUUUGUUUGGCCAUCGAUUCAACGCGUGCAGAGAAUCUCACUCAACACCAUGACACUGCAGGUGGAAAGCCCGACCGUGUACACUAGUCAGGGUGUACCGAUCUCCGUAACCGGGAUCGCGCAAGUGAAGAUCCAGGGCCAGAACGAGGAUAUGCUGCUGACUGCGUGCGAGCAGUUUCUUGGCAAACCGGAAGCUGAAAUUCAGCACAUUGCCCUUGUGACACUCGAGGGACAUCAGCGUGCCAUUAUGGGUUCGAUGACGGUUGAGGAGAUCUACAAGGAUCGCAAGAAAUUCUCGAAACAAGUGUUCGAGGUCGCUUCGUCCGAUCUGGUAAACAUGGGUAUUACCGUAGUGUCCUACACGCUCAAGGAUAUUCGCGACGAGGAGUUUAAUACGUCUGAUAGGGGAUACCUGAAAAGCCUCGGUAUGGCCCGUACGGCGGAAGUGAAGCGUGACGCGCGUAUCGGCGAAGCGGAGGCGCGUUGCGAUGCGACAAUCAAGGAAGCGAUCGCCGAGGAGCAACGGAUGGCAGCCCGCUUCCUGAACGAUACCGAGAUCGCGAAGGCUCAGCGCGAUUUCGAACUGAAGAAGGCCGUGUACGACGUUGAGGUGCAGACUAAGAAGGCCGAAGCGGAGAUGGCAUAUGAGCUGCAGGCAGCUAAGACGAAGCAGCGCAUCAAGGAAGAACAGAUGCAGAUUAAGGUGGUCGAGCGUACGCAGGAGAUUGCCGUACAGGAGCAGGAAAUGCAACGUCGAGAGCGCGAACUGGAAGCCACCAUCCGUCGGCCAGCCGAAGCAGAAAAGUACAAGCUGGAAAAGUUGGCUGAAGCCAACAAGACGCGCGUCAUACUCGAAGCAGAAGCUGAAGCAGAAGCGAUAAAGGUACGCGGAGAAGCUGAAGCGUUUGCUAUUGCGGCUAAAUCGAAGGCCGAAGCGGAACAGAUGGCAAAGAAGGCAGAAGCCUGGAGAGAGUAUCGUGAAGCAGCCAUGGUGGACAUGCUGCUCGAAACACUGCCUAAGGUUGCUGCUGAAGUCGCGGCACCACUGUCACAGGCGAAGAAAAUUACAAUGGUGUCUAGCGGUAACGGUGAGGUCGGUGCUGUGAAGCUGACCGGUGAAGUGUUACAAAUCGUGAACAAGAUCCCGGAUCUGGUCAAGUCGAUCACCGGGGUUGAUAUUUCGCGGUCCGUACACGCUGGUUAAGUGAGACGAAAAAUUACGAUUAAACACGAACAAGAAUGCGCUAGCAUCACUGUUUCACUUUCACGCUGUUUUGCAUAACGUGGAGAAGGGCACGUGCGUGAAAGCCAAGGAAGAACAUCCGGCGAAGCGAACGUCUGCGACGAACCCCUAGAACCAUUAGCAGCCAUUAAAGAGAAGGGAGUUCGGGAACGAUGUUAAUGUUUGUAUUCUCUGUAUUUAAUCGUUUUCCCAUAUUUAACACAAAAAUCGAUGUUCUACUGUGGUACACGACGAUGUACGGUUUACUCAAAUCCAGAUGUAUGGCAUUACAUUUAGUUUUCUUUUCUGUUUCCCACUUUAAUUAACAUAUAUUUUCAAACGAUCGAACAUUUGUAAAGUAUGAUUCGAAACAGUACUUCCUGUUUUGGUUCGCUCGAAAGUGUUAGCGCGAAAAGCUGUAUGUUAUAUGUUAUACCGUUUUACAAGUUUAAGUUGUUUGUAUUAUUAUAAUUUUCCGAGGUAAAGGGUAAAGUAAGCAUUGUUAGAUUUUUCCACAGGGCAAACGCAAUUCGCGACUCAUUCGAUGAUAUAUUCACACAAUCCUCCAACAAAUGCCAACCAGAGUGUAGAUUUAAUGUUUAGACUCCGCGCAAAGAAUCAUGUGCAGGUUUACCAGUACACAACAGUACACAGUGCAAGUUGUGGAGUACAUUGUUUUACCACUUCUCAGUAUCACUUUUUCUAGUCACUGCCACAAUCUAACUAUUCUGCACAACACAGUCAUAACGUUUCGAAUAGAAGCGGCUUAUUUUUACAACAUGCCAUUAAUUUUCGAUCUAUAAAACACUUGUUGGACGGAUGAUCGGGGACCGUUUGGUACGCUUCAAUGUCCUUGUCAGGAGAAGCCUUAACCUUACACAUUAGCUUGAUGAUUAUAAUUGAAGAGUUUUAUUUUUUAGGGCUAAAUUUGAAAACACCACCAGCGAACGAAAUUUAAAUGUUUACAACACGAAAUAAAAACUUUCUGCCGCUAUAUUAACGUUCGCGUUUGCAUUAAAGAGCGCAAAACCUUAAACAGAAACAAAAAAAAAGCUGAACCAUUGUCCAUCCAUUGACUUGGCCUAGAUGUGAAAAUCGGAAGAAAAAAACUAUAUUCUAGCAAAAGAUAGGCUUAUUUGCAAGUGUGCAAAAAAUGAAUUUUGUACGUAAAACUACACACUCUUUCUCUAUCAAGCAAUGUUUCUUUUUGUUUUGAAACAAUUCAUAUAUAUAUAAAGAGAUCGCUAAACAACGUAUAGUUUAUCUCCGAUGUUCAGAAAGUACCUUAAGCAUUUUCUUCCCAAAAGAAAACGUUAAAUUCAUUCAACUUUGUACGACUAACAACAUUACCAGAUGAUUAUAUGAGCGUCUUCAGUGUGUGUACGUGGGUCGAGACAUGUGCAUAACGUAGCAAUUAUAGCAAAAAUUAAGAAAUUACCAAAAAAGUAAAACCAGAACAAAUCCGAUACAUGAAAAUGAUACAAAAAAAAACUUGGUCCGCAAAGAUGUCGCGGUCGCUCCAAGAUGCGAAAACACAUAAGAAACAUAACAUAUAUAUAUAAAUAUAUUUUGUAAUGUAAUUUGCUUUUUGCGUGUCACGAACGUUUCGCGUGCAAAACAACUGCAAGCAAACGUAUAGCGGGAGAACUAAAAUCGUAAUACUGUGGAAAUAAACAAAUGAUGAAAACUUAA